AUGGACGGUAUCGAGCUGCAACGACGAGUUACACACCAGGAUGCACAGCACUCCGCGCCCCCAGAUACCGAGAACAUCGUCCCAUCGCGUAUCAACAGUACUGAUGCGCUCGACGACAUACCACCAAAUGGCGGAUAUGGCUGGGUAUGCACAUUUUGCGCAUUCAUGAUAACAGUACACACUUGGGGCGUGAACGGUGCCUGGGGCGUGAUACUAAACCACUAUCUCCUUCAAUCCACAUUUCCCGGCGCAACUCAUCUGGACUAUGCAUUCAUCGGCGGUCUAUCGAUUUCAACUUGCCUGGUAAUUGGACCAUUAGUGACAAAGACCUACAAAACCAUCGGAACAACCUUUACACAGCUCCUCGGCACAGCACUAGUCUUCGCCGCCCUCUUCGGUGCAUCAUAUUCCACCAAGAUCUGGCACCUCUUCCUGACACAGGGCGUCUGCUUCGGCAUUGGUAUGGGCUUCCUCUAUUUAACCAGCAUGGCAGUCCUACCGCCCUGGUUCUCAACAAAGCGAAGCCUCGCAAUCGGCAUAGCCGCCUCUGGCUCCGGCGUAGGCGGUCUCAUCUACAACCUAGGAGCCGGACGGGCCAUCGAAACACUAGGCGUAGAAACAACCUAUCGAAUCCUGGCAUUCUGCGCCCUGGGCGCUAAUAUCGUCUCCUCACUUCUAAUGAAAGAACGGAAAGAAGCUCGCCCCGCUAUACCGCAGCGAACCGUCAAUUACCGCGAGCUUAGCCACUUCGAGGUCUUCCUCUUGAUUCUUUGGGGCAUUGCUACUGAGUUUGGAUAUAUUGCCCUUUGGUACUCGUUGCCUAACUAUGCCUCUUCCAUUGGACUCAAUCCGCAGCAGGGCUCUGUCGCGGGCGCUAUUAUGAACUUGGGUCUUGUUAUUGGCAGACCGAUUGUUGGCCAUGCCAGUGAUACAUUUGGUCGAAUUACUAUCUCGAUGAUGAUGACUGCUCUCUGUGGGUUGCUUUGCUUUGCUGUCUGGAUUCCGGCGCAUUCUUAUGCUCUGUUGCUCGUCUUUGCGGUUUUGGUUGGCACUGUCUGUGGCACGUUCUGGGGUACUAUUACGCCCGUCAUGGCUGAGGUUGUUGGCCUGAAUCGCUUGCCGUCGACUUUUGCUCUGAUUUGUCUUGCUCUGGUUGUUCCUACUACCGUUGCGGAGCCUAUCGCUCUUAGUCUGGUUGCUACGUCCGGGUACUUGAGUACCCAGGUGUAUGUGGCAUGCAUGUUCAUUCUGGGGUCGGUGAGUCUGUGGGUAUUGCGGUCCUGGAAGAUCUAUGAGCUAGAGAUGAAAGCCCUGAGGGAGCGUGAGAGCGAUGCUGCGUCUAGCCACGCCUUGGCUGCUGUUCCGAGUUACUUUACCUGGGUUCGGCCCCGGAAGCUUUUCUUAUACGGGCGCGUUUAA